AUGGGUUCUUUGCCUCCGGCGCUGACCUCCGGCGAGAAGCUCGGCGGAGCGACGAUGAGCGAGGCAGAGCUCCGCCAUCUCUUCAAGGCCCAGCAGCAUCUCCUCAACCAUUUCUUUGACAAGCUUGAUCUGUCCCAAGCUCAUGCCUUCGCCCAGACCCUCCUCGAUGCCCCUGGCUCCGUCUUCUUCACCGGCAUCGGCAAGUCAGGCUUCGUCGCGCACAAGAUCGCCCAGACCCUAGCUUCCCUCGGCUUUCACCGCGCCGCCUUCCUCCCCCCCGUCGACGCCCUUCACGGUGACAUCGGCUCGCUUCGCCCCUCUGACCUCCUCGUCCUCCUGUCCAAGUCCGGCGCCUCUGACGAGCUCCUUAGCCUUGUUCCCUGCGCCCGCGCCAAGGGCGCGUUCCUCAUCGCCGUGACGUCUAAGGAGGGCAGCCCUUUGGCUGGGUUAUGCGAUAUGAGCGUGUACUUGCCAUUGGAACGAGAGCUCUGCCCCUUUGGAAUGGCGCCCGUCACGUCGGCGGCAAUUCAGAUGUUGUUCGGGGACACCGUGGCAGUCGCGCUCAUGGGCGCCCGGAAGCUCACUGUUGAGCAGUAUGCUUCCAAUCACCCCGCUGGCAAGAUCGGCAAGAGCCUCAUCUUCAAGGUGAGAGAUGUCAUGAAGAAGAAUGAUGCAAUCCCUAUUUGCAAGGAAGGGGACUUGAUAAUGGAUCAGCUUACCGAAUUGACAAGUAAAGGCUGUGGAUGCCUGCUUGUAGUCGAUGACAAGCACCAUUUGAUUGGGACAUUUACAGACGGUGACCUCAGGCGUACACUUAAGAAUAGUGGUGAAGGCAUCUUCAAGCUUACUGUGGGAGAGAUGUGCAACAGGAAUCCAAGAACGAUCAGCCCGGAUGCGAAGGCAGUUGAAGCGAUGCAGAAGAUGGAGUCACCCCCAUCUCCAGUGCAAUUUCUGCCUGUUGUUGAUGAUGCAAAUAUUGUUAUUGGGAUCAUCACUUUGCAUGGACUGGUUUCAGCUGGGCUGUGAAGUUUAAUCAGAUUGUAUCAUGCAUCCUUUGCAUUUCCCAUUAUUUGUAUUGCUUUGUUGUUGAGGCCAUUCACUAUGCGGCCUUGAGGUUCCUUUGAUUCCUUCUUGCAUUUGUUGGGUAAGCUUUGGGGUUGUAACUAUUCAGUUAGUCAAUUCAAUGUAUCUGUUGCGGUUCAUGGA